UCCGAUGGCGUGGAGCAGGCAAGUUGCCCUCCUUGGUGAAAUUAACAACCUCUUCGUUCAGAGAGAACCCCCACACCGAGGUGCAAAGCGCUUCCCGUAGUCCUAGCUUUCUGUUGUUUUCUCGCAUUUUCUCACCAACCAAACGCUGAAUAGAUAAAACCGUGGAGGAUGGUGGAUCAGAUCCACACACCACCGCCCAGAUCCGCCGCGGACCUCUUCUCGGAUCCUCUCGAUACUCACCCAUUAUGGUUUAAGCCUGCAUCGUUUCUAUCCCCGGAUUUCGAUUCUGAAUCGUACAUUUCGGAGCUCCGUACUUUCGUCCCUUUCGACACUCUUCGCUCAGAGCUUCAGAAUUACCUGUCCUCCCUCAAUCACGAGCUCAUCGAUCUAAUUAAUCGUGAUUAUGCCGAUUUUGUAAACUUGAGCACUAAGCUUGUCGAUGUAGACGCCGCAGUGGUGCGCAUGCGGGCCCCGCUAGUAGAGCUCAGAGAUAAAAUUGAGCAAUUCAGGGGAUUAGUGGAAGGUUCGCUAGUGUCCAUGAAAAACGGGCUAAGGCAAAGAUCCGAGGCAGCCUCAGCGAGGGAGACUUUGGAGCUUCUUCUGGAUACAUUUCACGUGGUAUCUAAGGUUGAAAAACUAAUAAAGGAGCUACCUAGUGUGCCUGCUGAUUGGUCAAAUGGAGAUGUGAAUUUGGCAGAGAGAAAUUCCAUGAGCAAUGGUAUUUCUGUGCAACAUGCUGAGAAUGGGACUAGCGUCAGAGAAACUCAAAGCGUGCUGCUGGAGAGAAUCGCCAGUGAGAUGAACCGGCUGAAGUUCUAUGUCACACAUGCCAAGAACCUGCCUUUUAUUGAAAAUAUGGAGAAGAGGAUUCAAAAUGCUAGCCUAAUAUUAGAUGCAAGCUUGGGCCAUUGCUUUGUUGAUGGUCUAGAGCACCGAGAUGCAACUGCAAUAUACAAUUGCUUACGUGCAUAUGCUGCCAUUGAUAACACCAAGAAUGCAGAAGAAAUUUUUCGAACCACUAUCGUGGCCCCAUUGAUACAGAAGAUUAUUCCACAUGGACCUUCAGCCAUGACUGCUGAAUCAUCUGCAGACGGACUUGAUAGUGAUUAUGAGCAGAUUAAGGAGUGCAUUGAUAAAGACUGUAAAUUUUUAUUGGAGAUUUCUUCAGCUGAAAAUUCUGGGUUGCAUGUUUUUGACUUCUUGGCCAAUUCAAUUCUCAAAGAGGUUCUCUCUGCAAUCCAGAAGGGAAAGCCUGGGGCAUUUUCUCCAGGAAGACCAACAGAGUUCUUGAAAAAUUACAAAUCAAGCCUGGAUUUCUUGGCUCAUCUUGAAGGCUACUGCCCGUCCAGAUCUGCAGUUGCUAAAUUUCGUUCUCAAGCUAUUUAUUCAGAGUUCAUGAAGCAAUGGAAUAUUGGUGUAUAUUUCUCUCUGAGGUUUCAGGAAAUAGCAGGAGCUCUAGAUUCUGUGCUUAUAACAUCAAGUCUUGUCCCUGUUCAUAAUUCAGACCCUGGUGAAGCAAACUAUCAAAAUCUAACUCUAAAACAGAGUGUCACUCUAUUGGAGAGCUUGAGGUCAUGCUGGAGAGAAGAUGUUUUUUUGCUUUCUUGUUCUGAUAAGUUCCUCCGCUUAUCCUUGCAGCUUCUUGCUAGAUACACUAAUUGGUUGUCAGCUGGGCUGACUGCUCGCAAGACUGGGAACACAAGCACCAGCCCAGGGUCUGAAUGGGCUGUUUCAGCUGUUGCGGAUGACUUUAUUUUUAUUAUGCAUGAUAUCAGAUGUCUGGAGGAGCAGGUUGACGGUGAUUUUCUUCAACACGUGCUUCAAAUUCUAUCCACUUGUUCCUCCGAUGUUCUUGAAUUGGUAAGGCAGAGCAUUUUACAAGGUGGUCAAUCAUUGAAAGAUUUGGAACCUUUAGUCAUCAAAACAGUGGUGGAGUCACUUGUGGAGAAGUCAGUUGAGGACCUGAGGCAGAUGAAGGGAAUAACAGCAACCUACAGGAUGACUAAUAAACCUCUUCCUGUGAGGCAUUCCCCUUAUGUUUCUGGGGCAUUGCGUCCUCUUAAGGCUUUCCUGGAUGGGGAGAGAGCUGCAACAUAUUUGGCAAGUGAAGCCAGACAUAAAGUACUUCUAGGUGCUGCAACUGAAAUCACUGACCGUUAUUACGAAUUAGCAGCUGAUCUUGUUAAUGUGGCGAGGAAGACAGAGUCUUCACUCCAGAGAAUUCGGCAGGGAGCACAACAAAGGCGAGGCGGAGCUAGUUCGGAUGUCUCAGAUCAUAAUGUCUCUGACACGGAUAAAAUCUGUAUGCAGUUGUUCCUUGACAUUCAGGAGUAUGCUCGCAACUUAUCUGCACUUGGGGUUGAUGCAGUCAAUAUACCAUCCUACCGUUCAUUGUGGCAGUGUGUGGCUCCUGCAGAUAGGCAAAACACAAUCACGUUUUAAAUUUUGCAUCUUCGGAUUAUGCAGCCUCUAGGUUGGUUUCUUGGUCGGGAGUUUUUGUUUAACUUGAAAUCCAUUAUACAAUUAGCUCCCUUUGCUUAUAGUCACUUAAAGGCCCACAUAUUUUAGCUACAGGUAUCAGUGUCCCAAAAUCACCUUGAUGAAAUUGCGUUGCUCUCUGCCCUUUGUUUUUCUCUUCUUAUUCUUUCCCUCUUUCAGUAAAAGAAACACAAUUAAUUUGCAUA